CUGCUGGUUCCCAGACCCUCAGAGCUCCAGGACACCCAGUCUCUGUGCAGCCUCCGGCCCAGACGCAGCAGCCCAGACGCGGACGCACACGCCGCCCCGGUCUCCUCCUCCUCCUGGAGCUCCACCGCUGCUCUGGAUUAGUGACGGACCAGAAGGACCCUGGUGGCUUUUACAGAGGACCGGUUAGGAUUGAAGGACAUAGGACUUCGGUCCUGUCCGGGUGGACUACAGACGUGUUCUGGAUCUGAGGCAGCUUCAUUUGGGAACUUCAGGAAACUCUGGGUCAGUUUGAAGGGACAUGAAUGGACUUUAGUCCUGGAUGGGUGGACUCUGAGGACGGGAUGGUGUCUGGACCUGAUGGACUCCCACUGUCACUUCAUUUAGAAUCUGGAUUCAAUCUGGUUUAGAUCUGGAUUCAAUGUGUUUUAGAUCUGGAUUCAAUCUAGUUUAGAUCGGGAUUCAAUCUGGUUUAGAUCUGGUUUAGAUCUGGUUUAGAUCUGGUUCUGAUCCAGUUAUAAUCCAGUUUUAAUCUGGUUCUGAUCCAGUUGUAAUCUGGUUCUAAUCCAGUUGUAAUCUGGUUCUAAUCCAGUUGUAAUCUGGUUCUGAUUGAGUUUUAAUCCAGUUUUAAUCUGGUUUUGAUCCAGUUUGAAUCCAGUUGUAAUCUGGUCGUCAUGGCGCCGUCCGUCAGCCUCUGCUUGUGCUUGUGUUUGUUUUUCAACGCUGCUCGAAGCGUGGACCUGGACGACAGGCAGCGCCCCGCCCUCGUCAAACGCCCUCCCCAGGUCAAACUGGAGCCCCUCUGGUCCCCGGACCGAGGCCGUCCUCUGUCUGAGAUGCUGGACUUGGAUGUGGACCGGCACCGGCGUCUGGCCCGCGGCGCCGAGGAGGACGAGCAACAGUCCACCUUCAGCCAGUCCUUCGAGAACGACUCGGUGACGCCGCCGCAAGCGACCGAACUGUCCAACAUCACGGGGACGGGGAAUGACCACCAUCACCACGGCAACGCUUCCAGGCCUGAUGGCGACGCCCCCAGACUCUUCAACCCCUUCUACCCGCUGGUGGAUGGCUCGUACGCUGCCUACGCCGUGCUGUUCCUGGCCGGCCUGGUGCUGGCGGUGGGCGUGGUCGGAAACAUGGCGGUCAUGUGCGUGGUCUGGAACAACUACUACAUGAGGUCGGCGUGGAACUACCUGCUGGCCAGCAUGGCCUUCUGGGACUUCCUGGUCCUGGUGCUGUGCCUCCCUGUGGUGGUCCUGAACCAGCUCUCCCACAGGAGGAUCCUGGGCGACAUCACCUGUCGCAUGGUGCCUUAUAUGGAGGUCGUGUCUCUGGGCGUCACCUCCUUCACUUUGUGCGCUCUGGGGAUCGAUCGCUUCCACGCCGCCACCUCGUCGUCGCAGCCCAAAGCUCGGCGGGUGGAGCGCUGCCGCUCGGUGCUGCUGAAGCUGCUGCUGGUGUGGCUGGCCGCUCUGCUGCUGUCCAGCCCUGAGGUCUUCCUGUGGCAGCUGAGCCAGGCGGUGUCGCCGUCCACCGGCCGCCUGGUCGACUCCUGCACCAUCACGCCGUCGUCCCCGCUGACGCUCUACCUGCCUGACUCGCUGCACUCGCUGCUGCUCAGGUACCACCAGGGUCGGAUGUGGUGGUGUUUCGGUUGUUACUUCUGCCUCCCCGUCCUCUUCACCAUCCUCUGCCAAAUGGCCACUCGCAACGUCAACAGUGACUCCAGCUCCACCCAGAAGCAGCGUAACCAUGACGACCGGUCCUCCAACCAGAAGAGGCAGCAGCACCAGGCGGUGGAGCGCCAACUGAACUGCACACUGUUAGCGUUAGCCGUGGUGUACGGCGUCUGCGCUCUGCCCGAACACGUCUGCAACAUCACGCUGGCCUACACGCAUAUCACCGUCUCCGAGGAAACGGCAGCCAUGCUGGCGCUGUUACAUCAUUUCCUGUUGUUCUUCAAGUCAGCGGUGACGCCAGUGCUUCUGCUGUGUCUGUGUAAGGCGCUGGGUCAGGCCUUCAUGGACUGCUGCUGCUGCUGCUGUCAGGAGUGUCAACCCGCCACGGCUCAAGGUUCUCCAGGUUCGGCCAAACUGAAGGCGGCCAAUGAGACGUCCAUUUUCUUCGACAAGGCUAAAGACACGUCAGCCAUCUUGUCCAUCUCCAGCUAGAGCCCCCCCACCCCCACCCCCUUGUUUCACAUCAUCCUUCCUCUGUCCCUUUCAUUCUUAGUUUUCCAGUUUCCUUUGCCUUCCCUGUGAAUCCCUCUUGUCCUUUUCUUGUCCAUUCGUCCUCGUCCUCCUCUCAGUCCCCUUUGUUUGUAUGAUGUUCCUCUGUGGACUCGGGGUUCCUUUGUAUGAUGUUCCUCUGUGGACUCGGGGUUCCUUUCCUUCUGUAGUCAGAAUAUUGAAAUGUUGCUGUACUUGCACAUUCCAGCUGUUGUAAAAGCAGGAGCUGUCGAUCUGAACGGACCAUCCUUCAAAACUCGGACAGAAAAACCACACAUUCGGUCCUGGACGUCUUCCCUGGUCGGACAUGUUGGGAGGAGGCGGUGCUUCUUAAAGGAACAGGUGUUGAAUGUUGAUGAUGGAUCAGGACGUGAGCGGCUGCAGAACUGAACGUUCCACCGGUCUUUCAUUGUGUCCAGGUCCAAAAACCCUUCCGACAGCUGACGUUAGCGAGCGUUGGUGUCGGAGAAAAGAUUCUAAGAUAAAACAAAACCAAUUCAGGAUGUGACGGUACACGACGCUUCGACACUGACCACAACACUUUGAUGACAUUUAAAGAAUGUUGACUAGUCUGCGCAGGGUUAAGUCAUGAUAACUAGUACGACUAACUCCCACCAACCGUCAGCUCCGUUACAUCAUCAGAUAAAAAUGAGAUGACCGUUGGACUUUACGAUGAACGUCAGUGGGUUCGAGUCCAGCUUCAAACCGAACCCAGGAUGUUCCUGAACUGGGCUUUAGAUUCCAACCUUUAGAUUCCAGUUUUUCGAUUAGAAACGUAAUAAAAUGUAGAUGAGGUUCAUUCUGCAGCCGCUCAGACGUAACAAAUAAGAAGAACCACCUGGAAGUUGAAGAGGUUUGAUGGAACGUUAGCAGGAGUUUGUUCCACAGUUAAAUCUCCCACUUUCUGUUCAUUAUUACAUAAAAUUUACAGGAAUAUCUGAUUUUAGUCGUACGAGUAGUGGAAGACAAAAUGUUACUAAUUUAAUGUCAGAAAACUGGAGUUUCUUAUCCUUCAUUUACGACUUUCAUCUCAGAGAAUACCUUUUGAUUGAAAUAUUAAAAUUCUAUCGUAGAUCAGAUUUGUUUUUUUUUUCUACGUAUGUUGGGUGAAACUUCCACCUGAACCUGAGGCGGUCCAGGUUUACGGUGGUCCAGGAGGACCGGGUACCUGGAGGAGGAGACGUUUGUGUGAACAGGACUCUGACGUCCUCCAAGAUGAGGCGUCUGUUUGUGCAGACGUACGUCUGACUUUGUAGAAACCGAGUAUUAAUGUGUUUAACUGUGAAAAACGCUAACAUACGAGUAGAAGUGCGACUAAUGACGUGUGUAGAAAUGGAAGAAUAGUCAUGUUGAUGAAUCUGUCUAAUUCAGAGUCAGUAAAUUCAUGGUUUUGUGACGUUAAUGAGUCU